GUGGACACCAUCUUGAAAACGUAAUUGUUGUCAUGUUUACGUUGAUUGUAAAAAGUGAAAUAUUUAAUGUGUGACUAAAUAAUUGAAAAGUGUUGAUGUGAUUCUUGAUCAGGAAGUGCCACUAUCAUCAUGUUUUAUGCACAUUUUGUGCUGGCUAAGAAGGGUCCGCUGGCCAAGAUUUGGCUGGCGGCCCACUGGGAUAAGAAAUUGACAAAAGCACACGUAUUUGAAACUAAUAUCGAGAAAUCAGUUGAUGGUAUUUUAAAGCCUAAAGUGAAGAUGGCAUUGCGUACUUCUGGACACCUUUUGCUUGGAGUUGUGAGAAUCUACUCGAGAAAAGCCAAGUAUCUGUUGCAAGACUGUAACGAAGCUUUUGUCAAGAUUAAGUUGGCCUUCAGACCUGGCAUGGUAGAUCUUCCCGAAGAGCACAGGGAGGCUGCUAUGAAUGCUAUCACCUUACCAGAGGUCUUUCAUGACUUUGACACGGCCAUGCCUGAAUUAAAUGAGGUUGAUAUUGAAGCCCAAUUCUCUUUAAACCAGUCAAGAGCAGAAGAGAUCACGAUGCGGGAGGAUUAUGGAUCAUUAAACCUUGUCACCCAUGAUGAUGGCUUUGGAGACAUGGGUUUUGACACUGAUAAUCCUGACAUUAUGAGAGAAGCUAUUGGUUCUGAAGGUGGACUGGAGCAGAGCAACCUACUUUUUGCUGAUGGGUCAUCAUUAGAAUUGGGAGGCAAGGAGUCUAGUUCAGGUCCAGGUUCAGUGCACGCUCGCACUUUGGAGCCAGCCCCACAUGCUCCUGUAGAUGAUGGUUUCGGUGGUACUAUUGGAGAUGUGCCGGACUUUGGACAUGCAGGAGGGCUGUUCGAAGGAGAUUUGUUCGGAGAUGUUACAGCUAGCGCAAGUGGUUCAGGCACGGCUUCAGGCAUGCCUGGAGCUUCUGCACAACCGCAGUCUUUACAGGCGGAGAUAGAGGCGGCGGGCGCGGGGCCGGCGGACGCGCCCGACUCAGACGACGACAUGCCCGACCACUACGACGCGCCCUCGCCGCACCACAGUUGGGGUGGAUCCCCGGUUCGCGAGGAGCCGGUGCCCGAAGAAGAAGCAGUACCGGAAAUGGCGCCCCCGCCCGUACCUCGACCGCCCUCCGUCAGACCAAUGGAAGUUGAUGAGAUCCCGGAGCCCGCACCGCCGACCCCCGGUCCUGUUGAGCCUCCGGAUAACACCACGCUGCUCAACAACGAUGAAGAGUCAUUUGCACUUGCACCUGUUGAUGCCACAGUACUAAAAGGAAUAACAAAAACAAAACGCAAACGUAAGCUUAUCGUGGAUGAAAUAAAAAACAUAUCGGGCGAAGAAAUGAAAAACCAACUGAGCAACACUUCCGAUAUUGUAACAACGUUAGAUCUUGCUCCCCCUACUAGGCGUCUUAUGCACUGGAAGGAAACUGGGGGUGUUGAAAAGCUAUUCACAUUACCAGCUAGACCGAUCCCAUCAAGAGUUCUGUUCAAGAAAUACCAGCGUAACAUGACCUUGCGCAGUGAGGCAGAAGAAGAGGCCAAGUCACCAGACCCUGAACCCAGCGUCGUGAGACGAGGCGGACGUAAACGUAAACAUGAAGAUCAUUUACCGCCUCCGGAUACACCAGCGCCUCAGCCCGUCGAACUGGAGGCACCCACUCCAAUGCCGCACGAAUAUGAACCUUCAGUCGAGACGAGCGAGGGAGCGUUCGCGCAAACACCGCGUCCAGAUCUCGAUGUAGACCCUCCGCAGACUCCAGGUGGCAUAAUGUCGUCCUUGGGUCCGCUGACUCCGGGAGGGCUGGGCCCACUUACUCCGGGCACAUUAUUACAGGCGGCACUCACACCACCUUCAUUAGCGCAUGGGUCGCUGACGCCAGGUGGUCUGCAACAUGGCGGAAUGACGCCGGCGGGGUUACAACAUGGCGAAAACCAUUCCGUAGAAUUGGGCUUGCCUCCUAGUGGAAUGACCCCAGCAGGCUUGCAUCAUGGAGGAAUGACGCCAGGAUUGGGUUUGGAUAGUGGAAUGACUCCAGCGGGCUUAGUGCAUGGAGGUCUUACACCCGCUGGCUUACACCAUGGUGGUAUGACGCCCGGAGGGUUGGAACACGGUGGCAUGACACCAGUAGGGUUACAGCACGGUGGAAUGACCCCGGCCGGCCUGCAACACGGCAGCAUGACGCCGGUCGGACUCCAACACGGAGGCAUGACGCCGGCCGGACUUCAGCACGGAGCCAUGACGCCUGCGGGCCUGCAGCACGGCGGUAUGACCCCGGCAGGCCUGCAGCACGGUGGUAUGACGCCGGCAGGGCUACAACAUGGCGGCAUGAUUUCCGCAGGCGUGUCGUCGGGCGCGCUGCUGCAGGUGUCGGGCGAGGUGCCGAUGAUGCCGCAGGUGUGCGGCGCGGAGCCGGUGGCGGCGCUGGGGUCGGGGCGCGCGCUGUCCGCGCCGCCGCCCGCCGACCACCUCGCGCACUCCGUGCCCCUCGAGCCGCUGCACAACCCGCUCGACGACCACGAUCAUCUACAGAAUGGUAUGCAGAUGACUAAUUUGGGCUAUGAUGAGCAACAACAUGGUCAUCAAAGUCCACAACAUGACUAUGAUCUACCGCCUACUCCCGAGAAUGCUGACGAUGGUGAGAGGGAAGCUGGGGAAACAGACGAACAGUUCGAACAGCGCGUUUUAAAUAGACGAGCGGCGCAACUGUUCGCAGUGAUGAGACCCAAGAUUGCUGCGGGGAUGACUCUUGGCUUCGCAGAUUUAGCGCCUAGACACAAUAAUAAGAAACAGGUUGCACAAAAGUUUUACAGUCUUCUUGUUCUGAAGAAAUAUCAAGUGUUGAAGAUAGAACAAAACGAAACAUACGGACCUAUAACUAUCACAAGAGGUGCACAGUUUGAAACAGAAGCAAUCUAAAUACAAAAAGAACUUUAUUUAUAUACUGUAUUAAAUAUUUUGUAUUAAAAAAGUUAGAUUGUAAAAGAUUUUAAAUGGUGGAAAGGUGAUGUUUUAGUUUGUAUAGAUUUCAUGAUGAUGUAUGUUGAGCCAAAAAUAAUGUAAGAUGACUCUGUGGAUCGAGUUUGCGAACAGUUUUUAUCAUAAAAUUGUAACUUUGGACCAAAUAAUACUACAAAUGUUGAUCUCAAAAUUCAGAUUGCAUUAUGUUGACUGUAUUGUAAACUUCAUGAACUCGAAUCACAGAUGAACAGAUCCUGAGUAUUGUGUUUGAUAGAUGUAGGACGAAUAAAUGCCUUAUUUUGUUUUGCUGUAGGGUAAGUGAAAUUAUUGUGAGAAAAAUGUUUUAUCUGUUUUGUUGUGUUCAACAGUCAGAUAGGAGAAAUAUUGUUACAAAUGACUUCUAAUCUUUAAAAUUAUGCAAUGAUUAUAUUGACAGCCUUAUACAUUACUAAAAUUUAUUUGCACCUGUAUAAUGUUCAAUAAUCGCAUUGAACUCGAAUAUGUGCCUAAGAAAAAAUAUGCUAUGCACAUUGCAUUUUGUUCAAUGGUUAUUUCGUCAAGAAAAUGUAGACACUAAAUUAUUUGCCAUUUAGAGUUCACAUCGACGUUAGUGAGUAGGCACAUUUAAUUCAUUAAAUAAA